AUGGCAGCUCCACCGCCCCAGCAAGCCCAGAGCUUGGAUGCCCUCAUCAACAAGUUUCCCCAGCUGCUGCAGGCUGACGAGAAGAACUUGCCAGACGAUCAGAAGGCCAUUCUCGUGAGGAAGCGCGUACAGCAACUAGUCCAGAAGCAGCAACUUCAACGAAAGAGUCAACUCGAUGCACUACAGCUGCAAAAAGCGCAACAGGCGCAACAAGCACAGCAGGCGCAGAUCCAGGCCGCCGCCGCCGCUGCGGCUACGAAUGGUGGUGGUGCGAGACCGCCCAAUGCCCAAGCUGGUCCCAGCCAACCUAUUCAAAGGGGAGCCCAGCCUCAGACCCAGAUUAAUGGUCAACAGAUCCAGAUGAAUCCCCAGAUCAUGGCCCAACUGCAACAGCAGGCUCAGCAGCAGGCGGCAGCCCAACAAGGACAGCAGCAGCAACAGUACCAGAACAUGCUUGUCCAGCAGCGCCUCCAACAACAGCAGCAGCAACAAGCGAUGCAGCAGCAGGGGACGCCCCAGCAACCGGUGCAGCGCCUUCCUUCGCAGUCGGGCGUCGGCGUCGGCACACCAAUACCCAACCAGCGGGCAGCAAGUAUAGCGACUCCCUCGCCUCAGGCGCACCAGAGCCCCGCGGCCAACCCUGGCGUGCUGGGUGCGUCGCCCGUCGCCCCUCGCAUGCAGCCUGCCCCGAGCGGAAAUGCAGGCCCAGGCAUGAGCAACGCUGGAACCCCUGGUCCGAGCAACCCUCCCGCACCACCUAACCUGGGCAUCUUGGGCAGCGACCCAAAGACGCUCAUCCAGCGGAUGCCGGCAUUAAUCAAGCUGCGAAACGAAGGGGGGAUGACUCCAGAGAUGCAGAAGACUUUUGACCAGUUGAUCGCUCAACCAGAGGUCAAGCAAUACCUCCAGAACUACCACCAAAGCCAGGUGCGCCAGAGCCUCGUCAACGCUGGGCAGAACGUGGCCGGGCAAGCUGCAUCUCAGCAGCAGACAGCCAUUCUCGCACAGCAGCAAGUGGCCCACUUGCAGCGACAACAGCAACAACAGCAGGCCCUCGCUCGUCAGCAGCAACUGCAGGCACAGCAGCAGGCAGCUCAGCAACAGCAACAGCAUCAGCAACAGCAACAGCAGCAGCAGCAGCAGCAGCAACAGCAGGGCCAGCAACAUCCACAACAACCUGGCUUUGCUGGUCUCGGUCCUGAAGUGCUGGCGCAACUCACGCCGCAACAGCUCGCGCAGCUUGUUCAACAGCAGCAGCAGCAGGGCCAGAACUUUCACACACCGCAACUGCAGCAGUUCUUGCAGCAGCAGAUGAUGAACAACCCCCAGCAACUUCUACUCGCUCGGCAACAGGCCAUGGCGCAGCAACAACAGGCCAGGACGCCUAACCUUGGUGCCGCCCAACUGCCGAACCAAGGAAACAGCUUCCUGCAGAACCUACCUCCACAGCAGGCUCAGCAGGUGUUCCAGGCCGCCCUGGCGCAACAGUAUCUGCAGCAGCAGCAACAGCAGGCACAGGCGCCUGGCGGUGGCAUGUCAAUCACUCCUGCUCAAGCACAGCAGCUAGCCCAGCAAGCUCUGAUGCAGGCUCAGGCCCAGGCCCAGGCCCAGGCUCAGAACCAGGCAAACGCGCCCAACCAAAUCAACAACAACUUUGGACAGAUCCGACCACCACAACAGCAACAGCAUGCGCAGCAGAUCCACGAGAUCAGACAGAGACUAGCGUCAAUGAACGACGGCGAAAGACAGAAGGCGUUCGAAAAGAACCCCAAGCUCAAGCAGCUGUAUUUCAGCAACAUCAAUCUCCAAUCGCCGCAGCUCAUCCAACAACAACAGCAGCAGGCGGCGCAGGCUGCUCAGGCUGCUCAGGCCGCCCAGCAGGCGCAGCAGCAGGCCCAUCAACAACAACAGCAGCAGCAGCAGCAGCAGCAGCAACAACAGCAACAGCAAUCUGUCCAGCAACCGUCCCAACAGCCUCUCGCGCAGGCCCCACCCCAGCAGCCUCAACAACCUGUUGCUCCUCAACCGCUGGGCGUUCCCACGGGACAGCAGAUGCAGACGGGCACCCCAAAGCUCCAGCCUCAAGGGCUUAACCAGGGCGCUCAGCCGCCCAUGCCGGGGCCGGGCGGCAUGCCCAUGCAGCCAAACGCGCCCAUGAUGCUGGGCCGGCCCGGAAUGCCCAUGGGAUUCCCUGUCAUCAACAGCACGCUGCCGAACUUACAAAUACCUCCUGGGAAGCAGCGCGGCUUUGCGACCGGCCAGCAGCCUGGCACUCCAAGUUCCGGUACAGGAUCGGCUCCGUCGCCGCAGAUCCGCAACCAGCUGCCGAUCGCGGCGGCUGGAGUGGCCGCCGCCGCCUCGCAGCACGGAUCGCCUGCUGGGCAAAGACUGUUCCAGCAGGGGAUCCCUGUCGCGUCUCCUAUGCUUCCGAACGUUCGCCCUCAGGGUCAGCUAUCGGUUUCAUCUGGCGCUCAAGUCACACCCAUGCACAUCCUAUCCGAGUUGGACAAGCGCGGGGCAAGGCCGACCGCCCAACCCCCUCCAGGCAGAGCAACCAACGAGGUCACACCAUCACCCCUAGACCGCACGGGCUCGCUGCUAUCCAAGACAUCGUGGACCCCGACGGCCGAGAGCGACGCGGCGCUGCGCAGCAGUCUCAAUGACUCGUUCCCGCUACCCGGCCGACAGACUGGCCGCGCCACUCUGCUCGAAGGCAUGAGCACCGUGCCUGUCCUAGCCAACGUGCUCGGGGAGCGCCUCCCCGCCGACUUGCGCCUGCUUGCGGACGGUGACGUUGAGACGAAGAAUGACGCACUCGACGCCAAGACCAAGAAGCAUGACCUCGAGGCAGCUGGCAUGCCGGGCGCGAAGAAGCAGAAAGUCCAGGAGUUUGCCGAGACUAUUGACAAGACGCUCGAGAUUGACAAACCGGUUGAGGAUAUGUUCCUCGCGAUUGCGGACGAGUAUGUCGACGUCAUUUCGCAGACGGCGUGCCAGUUCGCCAAGCAUCGCAAGUCGUCGACAGUCGACUGCAAAGAUACGCAGCUGGCCUACGAGAACGUCUUCGGACGCGUUAUGCCGGGCUUCUCUUCGGAUGCGAUCCGCCUAGAUCAGGCGCGCAGCUCGCGUCGCGUGCCGGCGUUGCAGCAGCGCCAGGCCAAGCUCAAGGCUGUCGCGGAUGCGAAGGCCCAGUGGCGACGCGAAAAGGAAGAGGCAGUCAAGGCGGCAGAAGAGGCCGCGGUCAAGGCUCAAGCUCAGGCCGCCCUCAAUGGCACCAUGAACGGCGAGAUGAAGGACGACGUGACGAUGGUUGCCGCGACGGCCGCCAACACUGCGGUGGGAACGGCCCAGACGUCGGCUGUGACUACGCCCGCACCUGGGCUCGCGGUACUCGGGGCCGGCACCGACACACCAACUGUCCCACCUGUUCCGCCUGUGGUUGUCGCUCUCUGA